UCAAAAAACGCUAUUUAGGCCUAGGUAAAAUAACACACGCUACUCAGGCUGCAUAGUCGACUCAUGUAGCCCAGUCUCUUGACGUGGUUGCAUGCACUUUCUAGGCAAGAGAAUAGUUCAGGGUUGAAUAGAACCCGAGACAAUGCAAGGGAACUCUGAUGUGCUUGCUUUCACGCUCCUUGUUUCCUGUCCGCGUGGUUUGUGUUGGCUGCAUGUUUCCGUGGCAGCGACAAAGUAGCUCGUCGUUGCAUUGAGUGAGAAACGACAGUCAAAGGGAGAGCCCGUAGCGUUUGCUUACAUUUUUUCACAUCCUAAGAGAGGACACCGCAACAUAAAGCUAAGCCUUAUUAAAGGAGACUGGUAUGUGUAGGAACACAGAAGCGUGAGGAACAGCACAUUUUCGCCUAGUAGCCUAAGCAAGGACAUACUUGACCCUCGCUUCUUUUUUUGUUGUAUAGAUAAACCUCGUUUUUUUGUUUGUUUUGGUUUGAGAAAGCUGCAGUUUAAGCAAUUUCACCGUUUUGUUACCGCCCACUCCUGAAAGCAACAUCUGGUUGGCAGAUUUUCAAUCGAAUCUCAUGUAUUUCGGUGAGGGCAUAUCCUAGUUAGGUCCUGUUUUAUGCUUUUCUUUUACCCACGUCCUGUCCCAAAUAAAAAAGGAGCGGCUAGUUUUUGAACGCUGCUCGUGAGAAAUUCCUAGUUAAGAUUCCAUUCGUUCCGAUGUGACAAGACAACUCACAGUGGUCAUCUGUUUUCAAGGCAAUCCACAUGCAUUUCCAAAUUCUGCGUUUUUAUUAGCUAAAGCUUUGGCGGUCAUACAUUGUUAGACAGGCUACAUUGUAAACAAAGAAGAAGAAGAGACUUAUCAAAGAUGUUGCUUAAGGAGUACAGGAUAUGCAUGCCGCUGACUGUUGAGGAGUACAGGAUUGGCCAGCUGUAUAUGAUCAGCAAGCACAGCCAUGAGCAGAGUGACCGCGGUGAGGGGGUGGAGGUGGUCCAGAAUGAACCGUUUGAGGACCCCGCCCACGGUCAGGGCCAGUUCACCGAGAAACGUGUCUACCUCAACAGUAAAUUGCCCAGCUGGGCUCGAGCAGUGGUGCCCAACAUCUUCUACGUAACAGAGAAGGCCUGGAACUACUACCCUUAUACCAUAACAGAGUACACCUGUUCUUUCUUGCCCAAGUUCUCCAUUCACAUAGAGACGAAAUACGAGGACAACAAAGGCAGCAAUGACAACAUCUUCUCAGACAGUGAAAAUAAAGACCAGGAAAGGGACGUGUGUUUUGUGGAUAUCGCCUACGACGAGAUCCCUGAGAGAUACUAUAAAGAGUCUGAGGACCUGCGGUACUUCAAGUCAGAGAAGACGUCGAGGGGCAUGCUGCAGGAGGGCUGGAGGGACACCCAGGAGCCCAUCAUGUGCUCCUACAAGCUGGUCACCGUCAAGUUUGAAGUGUGGGGCCUGCAGACACGCGUAGAGCAGUUUGUACACAAGGUGGUGCGUGAUGUGCUGCUCCUGGGCCACAGGCAGGCUUUUGCCUGGGUGGAUGAGUGGAUCGAUAUGAACUUGGAUGACGUGCGGGAAUACGAGAAAAGUAUGCAUGAACAAACCAACAUUAAAGUUUGCCAUGAGCAGCAAGAGCAUUCCACGAACUCCCCAUCACUGGAUGACAUAGAGAUUCAUGACAAAGUCAGCACAUGACGAUGGAUGAGGUGAGAGAGUAUGAGCGCACCAUCCAGGAAGCCACCAACGAGAAGAUUGGGAUUUUCCCCCCGUCGAUCUCCAUUAGCGAGAUGCCCCUGUCCUCCUGCACCCUCUCCGGCCCCGCCAGCGCCCCCACCACCCCCCUCUGCACUGAUGCCCCAGAGUUCCUCUCCGUCCCCAAGGACCGAGCCCGCAAGAAGUCCGCCCCUGAGACCCUCACCCUGCCCGACUCCGCUACCCAGAACCAGAGUGGAGUCCCCCAGGGCUCUAUGCUGGUGCCAGUUCCAAAUCAAAAUCACUCCCCCUGGCCCUCCUCUGACUCUGACCAGGCUGAGUUAGGGGGGGAAUAGGAGGGACGGGAUGUUAUUUUCCCCCAUAUGCCCCGCCACCUCACUGUCUUAGUAGCCCAGCAAGACUAGCCUCUACGCCCCAGUGCCCAGUCCUCCAGGCCCAACUAACCAUAUCCCAGAGUUCAGUGCUUCUUACACAUAUCACCAGAGGUCAAAAGUCUAACCACCAGUUUCCAAUCUCCUACAUCCUCAACACAAGUCGGUUUUGUCAGCCUUCAAUGGAUGGCUUCCUCUUCCUGAGAUCUAGCCAAUCAGAUGUCUGACCGACUGUGACAACCACCUAAGCUGUCCAUCAAGAGAACAUAUCCACAAGGGGUUUUGUGUCCUGUCCUCAAUUAGCGAUCCCUGUGUUCGUCUUAAAAUACGUUAUUGAUAAAAUGCCAGAUGGAUUCUCUUUUUUUGAAUAUAUCAGGUCAGCUGAUUCCUUAUGUAAUGUAAAUGUAGUUGCCAUAACACCACGAAAUUAGAGAUACAAUGAUAUUAAUAUUGUUUUGUGAACAUCUUUCCAUGGACUUCUCAGCCUACAAAUAUAUCGAAAUAUAAUUUGGACCUUGAAAUAAAUACACUUUUUAAAUUAACAAAAUGGAAGUAGGAGUACUGUAGUAUAGUUAGAUUUUAUAAAUACAUUGACACCACCUUUCACCUGGACAGAGGACAGACCAUUCAAAACUGAACCCAGAUCUGUGUAUGUUCACGUCUCCACUCCACACUCCUACUGAAACAGAUGCAAGAUCAGUACAAUCACAGAAAGAGAUCCCUUCUCAGGUCUCCAGAGCUCUGCCUCAGCCCUCUUUAGGAAGGGCAGGGAACGUAACCAUUCUCUCCUUGCUUUAAAACACAAUUUUUAUACCUGCACAGAUAUAUCUAUAUACUAUAUCUAUACUCACCUGUCUACUUAACUAACCUUUGGAACGUUUACACAACAUUAGAUAAGCCAUGAUAAAAUACAUAUUGGGUAUCAAGUUUGACAUUGAGGAGUGAUGCAGUCCGUUUAAUCAAAUUGGUAUAGCAACAGAACAGAUAUGACGAGGGAAAAGGACAUUUGGGGGAUAUGCUGUAAAUGUAAGUGAUUGAGCACAGUGGAGUUGAUAAGAAAUUCCAUGCUUUCGCAGGGCACUCGCUUCAACCUGGCCUUAUUCUAUGUACUUGGUUAUCUUUGCGUUGUGCGCAUUGUGUUUUUAGGAAUACCGAUAAUGUUGCUUGCCAAUGUUGGUUCUGUACCAGUUUUGGUGGGAUCCGAAAGUUAUUUUGACGCAACAACGUUAGCGGCGGCCAUCUUUUUUCCCCCUGCGCUAGCCUCACCACUGUGUCAUCAGAAACUUUUGGAGGGGGGGGGGAGAGAAACAUUGAGGACUGAAGGUUUCUCUUUAUGUAAUGCCCUAGCUACUGUUUUAUACAAUCACAUAAAUGCAUAAAAGGGUCUCAUAUGCCGCAUGAAAUGUUCACAAACAUGUAUACAUAUGUGAAGUAUAUGUGUAUAUAAAUGGCAGGAUAUAUUGUGGAUGCGAAAUUGUGGAGAAAGCGAAUGUGCCGUUGUCCUAGGCUCUGUAGUGUAACCAUUGUAUAGUAAAGCGGAGUUUUAGCAGAGACUGAAACGGAGCAUGUUCUGAGAAGACAACUCUCUACUCAGUGCCUCUGCAUGCAAAAGUCUCUAUUGUCUCGUCUGAAUACAAAUCCAAAACAAUUCAAUGAAGAGAACAUCCCAUUUUGUUGUGAUGUUAAAGGGCAAUUGCACCACUUUUCAACCUCAUUUUCAUUUCAUUCAUCUCCAGCACAAUACCGGUGUCUGCAUAUGUGAAAAUGGCGCAGUUCUACAUUUUGUAGAAAGAAAUAUAAAGUUGCAAAGUUCUACCCGAUGACAUCAUCAACCAUUUUUUUUAAAAAGAAGAUUUUUCAAACACAUUGAGAUUCAUGGUGACGUGGAGCAAUAAAAUACCCCCCCCCUUGAAACUCGUUUCAGGUUUUGAAAAUCACCGUUUUUCUUUUCCUUGUAAUGUCAUAGAGAAGCAUUUAGAGCCUUCUUAUCUUUGCAACCACAGAUAAUAGAAACACACCUUUUUCACAUAUCUAGACACCCGUAUGGUGCUGGAGAUAAUGAAUAUGAGGUUGAAAAGUGGCGGAAUGGCCCUUUUAAGCCUACUAUUCAAUUUAUUGCAAUUUCAAAACAUUGAUUUGAAAUACAGAUUCAUGUUAGUUGCUUUCAUCAUCGAAAUGUAUAAGAUUUUGAGAGAAAUAGCUGAAGUUUGUAGUACCUGUUGACCAUUGUUUUGUCCUGAAGACGUCACAUUACAUUACAUAUGUGGGCAUUUGCACUUUGUGAUGAGAAAGCGAAAUUAGCCGUUAACAAACAUACUGACUGUUAUAUCUCUGUUUUUAGGGUUUUGUUGGACAAGCCGACUUGUUGGUCAGAUAUAGACCACUCUACACUAUAGACCACUAUAGACCACUCUACAGUGUUUAACCCCAAAAUGUCUCAUCUUUACACAAGAUGCUCACUAUCAUUCUAAACUGUACUCGUCUUUGCUGUUAAAUUUCCUGUGGGAUACAUGUGUUAAAUGAUAUUGACUUUCAGGAAUAAAAAAAGUUCCAGGGAUAUGUUUGAGUGCCAGUAAACUAAUGGCUAUAUCAAAAUGAACGCAUCAUGAAAAUGCAUAACAUCCAGGGUCAGUUAAUUUUCGGAGAGAAGGUCAGGGUUUUAUAAAUAGUCAACUCUUUCAUUGUCGGUUGCAUGCUCCACGUAAGUUCAUGAAGACUUUUUGAGUGAGCUUAUCUGGAGCAUGGAUCCGAAAGUGAAUGAGUUUACUAUUUACGGAACCUUAGUCCUUCACUCUGGAAAAAUAACCAACCCUUGAGAUUAUACUUGUCAUUUUCCAUUUAGUUUUGAGAGUGCAAAGUUUGGUUUGAAUCUACAACAUUUAAGGUGCAACGUCCCAUUUGUUAGUUCUCUUUAUCGAGCUGUUGAAAAAUCCACAGUAGAAAAGACCAUUGUAACUACAUACUGUACGUUACAACCCUAUGUGCAAAAUACAUUUCAAAAAUGUAUUUUUGGUUGAAAGGACAUUGAAAAUAGGUAUUUUUCAACAUUAUAUGCUCACUGUGAAAAUAUUUACUUAGAAUUUGCAACCUCCCCAUUGUAGUGUGCAUCAUCGACGUUCCUGUUGCUUUUGGUGAUCCUACAGCUCUUUGACAUGAUGACACAUGAUCUAUUGAUCUAUGAAAACAAUAUUUGAAUCCAUCUUUUUUUUAUUUCUAUUGGGGGGGACUGUGUUUACUUUUGAAUUUUUACAAUAUACCUUGACUCGGAGGUUGGUUUUCUGUUAUAAGUUUCACAAGUGCUGUAGUUUGAUUUGGUGGUUUGCUGUAUUUCAAAUGGCAUCUGUUCAUUCUAAGAAAAGGACCAAGCUUUUCGUUGUGUCCCUCCUGGUGCGGCUUGCCAGGCUGUCGUGCUGUCUCCCUAGCUCUGGUCCAGGUUGUCACUGCUGCUUCCUGACACUGAGCCUCUUAAGCAGGACGAGCGUUAGCAAUCCACACUAACACCCUGGACCAGAGCUACUGUCUCCCUAUCUGAAGUGCCAUCCUUGUUCGGCUACUGGAAGUCGCUCUGGGUUCUUCCACUGAUUAUACUUGUUAUAUUUUUACUGCCCUCCUUGAGGUACAUUUUGGUUCUCUGUUGUAAUUAUUGUUUCACUUUUUUCUUAAUUCUUGUAGUAAAUAAAGUUUACUUGCUACUA